AUGAGUUCCUGGAUGAUGAGGCCGCGAAUGGCAGCAAGGCGGGCCUGCGCUUCCGGAAGUCAGUCCGGAAGCUGCGCAUGGUGCGCAUGGCUGCCUUCGUGUCGAGCUGCGGCACGAAGAAGAACAAGUUCAAAGCAGAGGAGGCAGUUGGACAUGUGGAGGCCAACCUUUGUGCAGGAAGUCACAGCGCUGAAGGCAGCAAAGGCUGUAGCAGAGCGGAGUGAUGGACGCUUUGCGCCUGGCGCAGCCUUGGCGGGGGGCGCCCUCGUUGGAGCGGUGGCGGCGUGGGCGGAGCUGCGCCCAAGCUCGAGAACGCGGCUGCGGGCGCGGGGUGGGGACUUCGCGAUUAUCCGCUUUCGCAUCCCCGGCUUGGACGAUCUCACCAUGCUGCCGCGCGUCAUCACUGCCUGUUGCAUCGCACUUCUGCUGUACAACAGGGUGACCACAACCGGCGAUGUGGAUAAUUUUCGGCAGGUCAGUGAAGUGCUGGCUCUGACCUUCUCUGCUGUAGCCUGGUCCAUUCCCUGGGUGGGCAGUCGCUUGGAAGAAGCCGCGCGUCGGCAAGUCUCGGCAAAGCCCAGCUCAAGAAGGCCCGGCUCUAUUCAAACCCUGGCCAUCGCAUCAGACUUGCCGUCGAAUGCUCAAAUUGAUGUGUCCUGGGUGAGCUCGGUCCUUUUGAGAUUGACCAACGCUGAUGGCUUGGUGGUUUGGCAUGAUGGGCGUACCAUUUGCAGCCGUGGAAUUGUGAGGCGGCUCAAGGGAUUCGCAUCCGGUGCGGAGUACGUGCUCAGAGGCUUAGAUAACGUUUGGCAGCCUUCGGAGCAGCCCGUGGAUGGCUACUGCGCCACGCAGCGCGCCCUGGGCGCCUUCCCAGACCAACUGCUGCCAGAGGGCGUCCUCCCUGAAGACACGGAGUCCGCAGUUGUCAAGCCUCUGCCCGGGGGCGGUCACCUAGUGCUGUGGUCUGCGCAGCCCCGCGCCUUUGACAAGGAAGCAGACCGAAUGUGGGUGGCGAACGCUGCGGCCAAGCUUGGCUUACUUCUGAACGGGGACAACCCAGGAGAAUCCAUGCAGGAGGUUUGCUUUGAAGAUGGCCUUCCUCUGCCGUUGGAGGACAACGAAGAUGCUGUGCGCGAUCCUUUUGCCAGAUUUGACACACAGAUACGCAUUGCCCCAACACUUGUUGGGAUGAUCGGCCUGGGCGUGCUGAUCCUGAAUCGCCAGUCCUUGGUGUUCUCCGAAGCGUCAGGCUAA